UUUGUAACUUCUGUUUUUGUUUGUUUGUUUGUUUGUUUGUUUGUUUUUGGAAAGGGUACUGCCCGCAGAAAGAAGAAGGUUGUCCAUAGAACAGCCACAGCAGAUGAUAAGAAACUUCAGUUUUCUUUAAAGAAACUUGGAGUCAACAAUAUUUCUGGCAUUGAAGAGGUAAAUAUGUUUACCAACCAAGGAACAGUUAUUCACUUCAAUAACCCUAAAGUUCAGGCAUCUCUGGCUGCUAACACUUUCACUAUCACUGGCCAUGCUGAAACAAAGCAGCUGACAGAAAUGCUUCCUAGUAUCUUAAAUCAGCUUGGAGCUGACAGUCUGACCAGCCUGAGGAGAUUGGCAGAAGCCUUACCCAAGCAAUCUGUGGAUGGAAAAGCACCUCUUGCUACUGGUGAAGAUGAUGAUGACGAAGUUCCAGAUCUUGUUGAAAACUUUGAUGAAGCUUCAAAGAAUGAAGCAAACUGAAAUAAAUGUCACUUUCUGAAUAAACUUAAAACUUGAAAAAGCUACGUGGAGCUGCUAUUUUAUAUUGUGACUGCUUUUUUUUUCUUUUUCUUCUUGAGAUCUUGGGAUCUGUAACAUUUGGAAAUUCCUUAAACCUGCAGCUCCUUCUAGUUAUUGCUUGUACACUAUAUUGUUUUUGUGGCCUGGUUGAACAAACCUCUGCUUUGAAAUAUGAUUGCUAAUAAAUUUCUUCCUAGACACAAUUUUUGAGUAACUUGUAUACAAGCAAAACCGUAUCUUUAAUGAACUUUGACAUACAAUAAAAAAUAUAUAUAGUAAA